AUGAGGGCCAUGUAUUGCUGCUUCUUUCUCUCCGCCAAGCUUGUGCUUUUCGGACUGGCAGAUAUGGCAACUGCAACGGUGAAACUGGACAAUGCGACUGCCCGUUCGGGUUGGCAGGCCCCACCUGCACACAAAAGCUGUUUCCCGCAUGUCACUCGAGCCAUGAAGACGGCACUUUGCCCCACUACGGAGACUGCUGGGGAGACAGUUGGGGAGACAGUUGGGGAGGCAGUUGGGGAGACAGUUGGGGAGGCGCAGGGGGGCGAAAAGGCCAUGGAGCGCGUGAAGGUGCUUUCCGGCAGGCAGCUCUCCGAGCAUCCCUACUCGUGUCCCUCUUAUCUCAAGUACGAGGGCAGCGGACAUGUCCCCCAGCCGCCGUGCUUUUACGACAUACUUCUUAACAACAACCUGUUGUGUUACCGCUACAAGGGCGUUCCUGAGAGCCAGCAGCUGUCGGACUCUCCCUCCCUGGACGACCCGGAUGUGGAGUGGCUGCAUGUGAGGGGCUACCCCACCUUUCAGGAGCUCCAAGCGAUGCCGAGUCCCAAGGAGGUCAAGAUGCCGGAUGGAAUCUACCGACCGCUGAAAGAGUGUCCAGGCCGUUGUAGCGACCGCGGCUGGUGUCAGAGCCUGGGCGGCAACGUGCUGAUGGAGCGCCACGAGGACCCGGAGGAGCGCUGGUGCCACUGCCACUCUUUCUUCCGGGGCAAGACCUGCGAGAUUGCCGACCCCCUCCACUGCUACCGCAACUGUAGCGGAGUGGGCACCUGCCUGAAUGGCUGGUGCCAUUGCGAGCCGGGAUACUGGGGACAUGGGUGUACGAGGACGAAGGCGUACGGCAGUAAAGUGGGUACGUGCGGGUUGGUGGGCUGGCGGCCCAACCAUGCGGCUAUCAAGAUUUAUGUGUACGACCUACCCAGUAUUGUCUUGCACCGACGAGAGUUUCAAGACCAAUGGUCGUACAUUGAUCUGAUGUACAACGCGGAACUGGAGUUCACUGAGCGAUUGUUGGGCGACUGGUCCGUAAGGACGGAAAACCCCUGGGAAGCCGCACUAUUCUACGUGCCCACCUUCACGUACUGGUUUACAGGCAAUGUCGGCCACCCCACCUUCAUCUUCCAACACGUCGUGCACCACCUCCAGCACCUGGCGCCCUUCUUCAACCUGACGGGGGGCCGCAACCACGUCAUGUGGGCCACCAACGACCGAGGAGCGUGUAAACUUCAAAUGUCGCAAUUGGAGCUGCAACACCCCAUUAAGAUGGUCCAUUUCGGUCAAGCCCCCCGUCACGCCUACCUCCAGAAGGCCCAUAUGAUGGGGUCUGGUCACGGGAUCGACACGCUGGGGGGUGUGGCCUCGCUGCUGGGGGCGCUUCCACACCCGGGGCACCGGUUUGAGGAGUUCCCGGAGUUCACCGCGGCCGAUAUUUUGGAGGAGCACGAGAUUUGUCUUCGGCCAGAGAAGGACGUCGUAACCCCCAAUGUGCUUCACCAGGGCUGGGUUGAGCCUGGGGCUUACAGACAGGUGUGGGACGUCAAGUUUGUGGACGGCGAGCGGGUGGUCACUCGGCAACAGGACGAUCUCGAGAAGCGCACCUACACACUCUUUUUCGGCGGAUACACAAAGUCCAUCAUGGCGUACAGCCAGGGUGUACGACAAGCCUUACGCAGUAUGUUUGGGCCGGGUGGCAAGUACGACCCCAAUGGUCCUAACGCCAGAAGCGACUUCUUAGUGACCGAUCCUAGACACGAUGCCAUCGACCUCAUGGCCCGUUCUAAGUUCUGUUUGGCGCCCAUGGGGGCGGGCUGGGGUAUCCGGCUAGCUGAGGCCAUGGUGCGGGGCUGCGUGCCCGUUGUUAUCCAAGACCACGUGUAUCAGCCCCUGUGGGAUGUGGUCCCCUUUGAGGAGUUCUCCCUCCGCUUCUCCCGCCGCGACGUGGCCGACCUGGUUGACCACCUGGACGACGUCACCUCGGAGCAACUGGCCCGGUUGCAGGGGGGUGUGGAGAGGUACCACAGGUGGGAGGAAUGGGGUAUGGGUGAGUCGUACACCUCUUACGACAAGUCCUUCCAUACAUGCUUGUCAAGUAUACCUGUCGCAAGUAACGUUGAUAACCACCGCGUUGUAAUAUCAGACGCGAUUCCUUACUGCUUACGGAACUUUCCGAACUUUCACUUUAAACCCUUGUUCGAAGCUUGUCAAGGAGCAUACCAAUUUCCGUGCUACAUAUACCGGCAAAAGUUCAUUUUUUUCGACGCUGAGGAUUUUAGCUGCGGUGUCCGUAGGCUUUCGUUCUUCAUGGUGGAACCCCGGCUACAAGUCUCGCCAGAGGUGCAAGCCGCUCUGACCGAGGGACUGCCCGUGGUUGCGUUAGAGAGCACAAUUAUUACCCACGGCAUGCCGUGGCCUGACAACCUAUCAACCGCGCUCGAGGUUGAGAACGUUGUCCGCGCAUCAGGCGCUAUACCGGCGACCAUCGCAAUCAUCAAAGGCGUCCCCCAUAUUGGCAUGCAGCGCGAGGAGCUUGAGCAUAUUGCGCGAAAAGGGACCGCCGUACAGAAAGUCUCUCGGCGAGACUUGCCGGUCGUCAUGGCAAAACAAUUGGACGGCGCUACAACAGUUUCAGCCACAGCUGCGCUAGCGGCCUUAGCCGGGAUACAUGUCUUCGUUACAGGCGGCAUCGGGGGCGUACAUCGGGGGGGAGAAGUCACGAUGGACGUUAGCGCGGACCUCACAGAGCUGGGCCGCACACCUAUAGCGGUCGUGUGUGCUGGAGCCAAGUCCAUUUUAGAUAUUCCACGCACUCUGGAAGUAUUGGAGACGCGGGGCGUCGCGGUGGCAUCGUACGGUACGGAUGACUUUCCUGCAUUCUUCACGCCGCACAGCGGCUGCCGUUCCCCGGCCCGAGUGGAUUCCCCGGCCGAGGCCGCCGCCAUGCUCAAGUCGAUUCAGCAAUUGGGGCUUGGCAGUGGCAUACUGGUAGCAGUGCCUAUCCCACGCGAGCAGGCGGCGGAGGGCGAGGAGGUGGAGGCGGCCAUUCGCACAGCGCUGCAGGAGGCGGGAAGCCAGGGAAUCAAGGGCAACGAGGUGACCCCGUUUUUGUUGGAGCGAGUUCGCACCUUGACGGGGGGCCGUUCCCUGGAUGCCAACAUUAAAUUGGUGAAGAACAACGCCCGUAUCGGCAGCGCCAUUGCACGGCAGUAUGCGGCGCAGCUACGGCUACAGGAUCGACAACAGGAACUGCAGCUGCGACAGCAGGAGCAACAGCUACGGCGGCAAGAAGCGACGGCAUCGGCAGCAGGAAGAGGAGGAGCGGGAAGGGGAGGAGCGGCUCUGCCGCGGCUGCGGAGCAAAUUAUGAUGAGUCGGAAAUCGAAUAAGAGUGAAGAGCCCGCUGGAUGGCGGGGAUAUUGCUGGAUGUUGCUUUGUAAUUUUGGAAAGAGG